CCCUUGCCAGCACCAGUGCGGGAGAGCCCCUCUUCUCCAGCCCGGCCUCCGAGCGGGGUGGGAUUGUGGAGGAGGGCGGUGUGCAGGAGGCCGAGAGCAGCGCCCAUGGGCGCGGAGGAGGGGUGGUGCCUGCUGCUGUGCCUGGCUCUGUCUUCAGCGGCAGAAACCGAGCCCGGUGCAGCAGAAAGGCAGUGGCGGCCAGUGGAUGUGGUCUUGGACUGCUUCCUGGCGGAGGAAGGUGGGCGCCAUGGCACUCUUGCCAGCAGUGAGGACAGGGUGAAGGCCUUGCUUGUGCUGAGGCAGGUGCCAGUGUUGGACGACGGCUCCCUGGAAGACUUCACUGAUUUCCAAGGCGGCACACUGGCCCGAGAUGACUCACCUGUCAUCUUUGAGGCCUCAGUGGACCUGAUCCAGAUUCCCCAGGCCGAGGCCUUGCUCCACGCUGACUGCAGUGGGAAGGAGGUGACCUGCGAGAUCUCCCGCUACUUUCUCCAGGCCAGGGAAGCCACUGCUGAGACAGCAGCUUGGUUCAUCACCAACAUACAGGUCUCUGGAGGGGGACCUAGUGUCUCCGUGGUGAUGAAGAUUCUUAGCGAUGCAGACAGUGGGGCUGCCAGGCACCCCACGCUGAGCCUGCCUCUGAGCCCCCAGGGGACUGUGCAGACUGCAGUGGAGUUCCAGGUGACAACAGCGACCCAAUCCCUGACUUACCUGCUGGGGUCCUCGGCCAACCUGGACUGUGGCUUCUCCAUGGCGCCAGGCUUGGAGCUCGUCAGUGUGGAGUGGCGGCUGCAGCACAAGGGCAGUGGCCAGCUGGUGCACAGCUGGACCUCAGGGCAGGGGCGGGCUGAGCGAGAGGGUGCCACGCUGGAGCCUGAGCAGCUACACGCGGCUGGGGACGCUUCCCUCACCCUACCCAGCCUCACGCUAAAGGAUGAGGGGACAUACAUUUGCCAGAUCACCACCUCUCUGUACCGAGCUCAGCAAAUCAUCCAGCUCAACAUCCAAGUUCCCCCCAAGGUACGACUGAGCUUGGCAAACGAAGCUCUGCCACCCACCCUCGUCUGCAACGUUGCGGGCUAUUACCCUCUGGACAUGGCAGUGACGUGGACCCGAGAGGAGCCAGGCGGACCCCCAGUCCAAGUCUCUGGUGCCUCAUUCUCCAACCUGAGGCAAAGCGCAACAGGCACCUAUAGCAUUUCCUCCUCCCUGAAGGCAGAACCUGGCUCUACAGGCGCCACCUACACCUGCCAGGUCACUCACGUCUCCCUGAAGGAGCCCCUUGUGGCCAGCACCUGGGUUGUCCCACCAGAGCGGAGAACAGCCUUGGGAGUCAUCUUUGCCAGCGGCCUCUUCCUUCUUGCAUUGUUGUUCCUGGGGCUUCAGAGACGGCAAGCUACCUCACCAAGGUCUGCCAAGACUCCAGGGCACUCUGGGUAGCCACUCUCCUGCCUCAGAGUCAAAAAGAAAGUAGUCGCGUGCUCCCAGAAGGACUCUAAGCCAAGUUGCAAAGCUGGGAAGGCAGGAAGGUGGCACCAGGUCACAGGGCAUCAGCCCUGGCUCUGCUAAGGCCUCUGCCUUCCUUCACUGUGCUCCCUGGGCUGACACACCACGGGAGAGAAUGGGAAGAGGGGAGGGGCAACAGGAAGGCAGAAUGUCCAGGUGCAGGUUAAGACCUAAGAGCCAGAUUCGAGGUAAGGUCGUAGGAAAAGAAAACUGGAAGAAAUCAAAAAAGGAGCAAGUGAGGGGUGAUGGGGCAAAGGGGUAGGGGUUGGGCCCCUAACCCCAAACUCUGAACUCUGUCAAAAUAAAAGCCCCAUGUCUUUUCCACUUUCCUGUCUUUCCCCAAGCUGGUCCCAACUGAGCCCUGCCCCCAAGCCUGGCUGUGUGUUCCGACCAGCAAAGUGUUGAAGAUGUGAAAUGAAGACCCCCCACUCAGUUGCUCUGUGUGACUCUGAGCUGUAAUUAAGGUUCUGCUCCUUCGGGGAGAGUCACCAGGAAUUUCAGGUACCUACAGACUCCUCGCUCCCUCAACUGCAGGGGACAUAGCUGUCCUUUUAUUCAUUUCUAAAACAUGCCCGGUCAAUCCAGUGGAACUCAGAUAAGAAAACCGUAUGCGAGGAUGAUGGAGAAAAAUGGGUGUCCGCUGGAGCCAUCAUCUGGGCACAUCCCCUGGGCCAGGCCAGGCAGGCCCAGGACCUGGGAAGAAGGCAGACACGAGCGGCCUGAGAGAACCCGCAGUUGUUUGCCAGUGUGAGGUGCCCACUCAACUUCCUGUCGUCACUUCCUCUCACUGGCACCUGCGAGAAUUGGGCUGCUUCAGGCAUGAAAGCCGAGAGACCACUUCCGCUACUGACACGCAGAGCGGCAGUCUCCAUGAAGACUGCAUGCACACAAAAGCCAGCCCUGCCAGACUAAAGCCACGUCAGACUACAGAAAGAAAGGACACUCCUCCCCUCCCCUCCCCAGUUACUCCAACCCAAACAACAACCAAGACAGUUUAGCGGUAGGAAUUUGUAUUUGUUGCCUUUGUUCGGAAUACAUGAAAUUGGUAAAUAUGCCACAUGCCUUUGG